UCUCUCUCGGUUGUUAAUCAUAUAGCUGCUGAAGAAGAAGAACAAGAACGAGAACCAGAAGCAGUAGAUUUGAAGAAAAAAGGAAGACCAAUUGAGGUUUAGAAGAAGUAAUUACUGUUUACUGAUAAAUCAUUGUGUGAAAGAUCUCGUGUGAGAAUGACCUGCGAUAAUUUGGAGUUGCCACCGGGGUUCAGAUUCCAUCCGACGGACGACGAACUGGUUAUGCAUUACCUAUGUCGAAAAUGCGCAUCUCAACCGAUUUAUGUUCCGAUUAUAGCAGAGAUUGAUCUGUAUAAGUUCGAUCCAUGGCAGCUUCCUGAUAUGGCUUUGUAUGGAGAAAAGGAGUGGUACUUCUUCUCACCUAGAGACAGGAAAUAUCCCAACGGAUCACGUCCCAAUAGAGCCGCCGGAACUGGUUAUUGGAAGGCCACCGGAGCCGAUAAGCCAAUCGGAAAACCAAAGCCGGUUGGGAUCAAGAAAGCGUUGGUGUUCUACGCCGGAAAAGCUCCCAGAGGUGUGAAAACCAAUUGGAUAAUGCACGAAUAUCGUCUCGCCAACGUCGAUCGCUCCGCCGGAAAACGAAACAACAAUCUCAGGUUAGAUGAUUGGGUAUUAUGUCGAAUCUACAACAAGAAAGGUACUCUCGAAAAGCACUAUGUGAACGAUAAUCAAUUUUCGGACAUGGAAGUGGAAACGAAGCCCAAAAUUACACCGUAUACCCCUACUCCACCACCGCUACAACCACCGUCAACAACCGUACCCCAUCACGUCACGAACGACGUGUUUCACUUUGACACAUCCGAAUCGAUUCCAACUUUACAUACGGAUUCAAGCCCUGAACACGAAAGGGAGGUAGAAAGUGACCCAAAAAGAAGAAAUGAUUUUCAAUUCAAUUACAUAGACCCGUUUCAAGAUGACGCUUUUACCCCUACACCAUCGCAAUAUUACAAUGACUAUCAACUCUCUCCUUUACAAGACAUGUUCAUGUACACACCCAAGCCCUUCCAGAUGUGAGAAGAUUUCAUGAGUAAUGAGUUCACCAUGUGCACUUGAUGACAGUAUUUUGUACUGUUGUUUAAGCGUAAAGUACAUAUCGAGAAAUUUGGGCAAAAGAUGAAGAUUCUAUGUAUGUAUGUAUAUCAAGUGGAAAUGGCCCAUUGUUGAAUUGGGAUAAGAUCAUAAGACAAGUUGAAGGGUAUAAUGGGUACAAUUCUGUGUGGGCAAAUGGGGCAAGUUGUUGGAAGCACAAAUGGUUGAUUUAGAGGGGGGACACCUAAUGGGUAGAGUAGUAGUAGAAUGGGCAAGUUGCCAUAGAUGCAAGAAUUCUUGGUCGUGGCUUAGUUUUGCCCAAAUGUAGAACACAUUCAUUUCCUUUUUGGACUUGUAAUUUGAUGAAAAAGGGAAUGAAAUAUAAACGUUAAAUGUGUUGGUUUUUACAA